AUGGUAAUAACAGACAUAUCAUACGAUACAUUACGAACUCGAUCUCGUAAAUCGUUCUAUCAGAGAAUAUGUACUUUAAACAACAAUAACAAUGAUCAUUCUUAUGAUACAUUACACUCGAAAAACAAUACAUCGUUGCAAGAACUUGUCACGAAACUACGAUCGAUUAAACAUGACUGUAUUAUACAACGAAAUCAAAAUCGAGCUAAGUCUGUUCUUGAAAGGCAAGGAUCGAAAACAAUACAAUUCGAACUUUCGCCAAUUUCUACUGGAACUAAGAAAGUGCCAUUACGUAACGAUACUGCCAUACGCCCAUCUUUAGAAUUUCUUCAUGAACAGAAACAAAACUUUUUACCAGUUGGAAAACGGCUCAAGGGAAUAAUUAGUAAACAACUGUUAUUAGAGAAUGAAAGACGUGUCAGUGGAAAAGCAAGCGGAUUAACUGUCGUAAAAUCAAUGAUAACUGGUAUUAAAACGACGGACAAUUUACGAGAUGGGAGUCAAACAGGAACUAAAGAAGAUGAAGAUGAAAUUACCAUUACAUUGAAGCAACAACAACAACCAACAUAUUUGAUAUCGACUGAUAUUGUUCAGUCUUCGGCGAGUGUUGUCUAUCCAGGUGUUAAAUACAUUAAUCAUGGAUAUUAUUCAAAUCGAAGUUUGGAAACAAAUGCAAAUACCAUAUUUCUAUUCAAGCAUACUAAAGAGUUUACGAUUAAUCAACAAACGAAAAAUAUACCAUUGGUAUUCAUUGGUGCCGAGGUAUUUCUACGUAAACCAUUUAAAAGUGAUCGUGUCCAUUUUCCAUUGAAAACCGAAGAAAUUGAACCAUUGAUUGAUUUGAAUUUAGCUCGACCAACGUUUGUUCAAGAAAUACCAAUAAUUUUUAAUCUAUCCGUCUAUCGUCUGUUGAAUAAAACAAUCACCGCUCACAUGUUUUUUGAUUCACCAACGACACAAGCUGCUAGACAUUCAUGCAAAGAUUUUCGAUCAAAAGAAGGACGAACACGUUUUCAAAUUCAUGAUCUUUAUCUACUAUCAAAACGUGAAUCGAAUAUAAUACAAGUAAAUGCCCUCAGUGAUGUACGCUUUCAUAAUCUAUUAUCUCAAUUAAAUGAGAUCUAUUCACCAUUAAUAGUAUCAACGCGACAAAUAGUCUUGCCAGCACCAGUACCCUCACAUUAUACACUGUCACCGAAUUCAUAUUCAACAGGAAUGAAACGACAUAAAAUAAAUGAUGAAUUAGUAGUUGAGCCGCCCGGAAAGGCAGAAUUACUAAAUAAACAUUUUGCUAACAUUUGUACAAUGACAACAAGUGAACUGAAUGAUUACCCUAUCCUUAUUCCAAAAUCUUUACUAUACGCUAUGUCAACAUUUGACAUUUAUGAAUCCGAAGCCUUUGAAUUAUUAAAGAGAAUUGAUUGUAGUAAGGCAACUGCACCUGGCCUCUCUGAUAGAAUAUUGAAAGAAGCUGGUGCAAUAGUAACGUCAAUUAUUACUUAUUGGUUUAAUGAGUCGCUAAUAAGUGAACAGUUUCCGAAGUCUUGGAAACUUGGAUGUGUUACUGUGAUAUUUAAAUCAGGUGACUAUCAUAGUCUUAGUAAUUACAGACCAAUUACUUUACUUCCGAUUUCAUCAAAAAAUUGA